CGCAAAUGUAGAGUUGAGGUGUUAUUGGAUCGUUGUAACGCAAGUUUCUGUGUAUAAGUCAUUUGGACGUAGUUGACAAACUGUAUUUUGAUAGAAAUGGCUGAUGUAGCAAUGAGCGAAUUAAACCCGAAUAUUGUAAGUGAUGAACAAGUGGCACUGGUAACACUGUCAAAGACGACAACGCAACAAGAAGGACCUUUGGCGGCAGUAAUGUUCACAAAUCACAAUAAUGUCAUUCAGCAAAACUCACAGAUCACGCCCAGUUGUGUGAGCGUGCGGCUGCCACUGAAUGGAGAGUUGUUCGGCUACGACGUUGAAAUCCCGAAGGGUCAUGAGAUAGAUGUCAAUAGAACUGUUAUCAGGCCCAGAGCAGACAUCAUCGAAAUCACGAUUUUCAAAAUUGGUGCAUUUCAACUAAGGCGCCUAGCUUAGAUUACCAAGUCCGUAUACGGAACCUAUAAAAGAAUAUUUCGACUACUAUGCUUUUAAAUAUCGUAGUUUAGUUUUUAUAACUGAAAAGUGUUUUCUUCGACAUUUUAAGCUUGUAAUGGGUAUUUACCCAGAAAUUAUUGAAGAACAAUUGACGUACUUACUACAUGAUAUCGUAUAAAAGGUUUUAUUAUUAGAAUAUCCAUAAUGUACCCUUCAAUUAAAUGUUUUAUUUCAAAAUAAAAGAAAUCACUCUU